UUUGGUUCUACGCGGUACCCGUAGUUGCUCUGGUCAAUGCGGAAGCUGCGCUGAAAGGAUACAGCUCGAAUCGCUGUUACUGUUUGUAUUCGCAACUACAGCCACACACAUUAAUAUAUACGCAUUUGAAUUCAUGGCGACAACGUGGCGUUUGUAAUAACAUGUGUCGUUUGACAGUGCGUCCAUGUCAAAUUGGAUGUCAUGGCUUUGUAUCUUCUCUACUUUGGUAAACUGAGUAGCGAGCGUAGCGUCGGUCGCUAGCUAGCAAGUUAUCCUACAAACGCACUCGUCCUUUUUUUUUUAAGUGUCCCACCGAGCGGCAAAAUGAAAGUGCGCUCGUCUGUUUUCGCCUCGUUCAUUUUAAUACUUGAAGCGGUCGGCGUUGCCCUCUUCCUGCGGGGAUUUUUCCCAGUACCCCUCAAGUCUUCCCUCUCCUCCAAGAGCAAGCUGUCCGAUCUGCCUGCGGAGCCGCUGGCAGGAAGCUCUCCCAACUCCUCCCGGCUCCCCCAGCCCCUUUUUAAAAGGGUGGUAAUAAUGCUGGUGGACGCCCUGCGGGAGGACUUCGUGUUUGGACCCAACGGACGCAGUUACAUGCCCUACACGAGGCACCUGGUGGAGAGAGGCUCCUCCCACAGCUUCGUGGCCAAGGCCAGACCCCCCACGGUCACCAUGCCCAGGAUCAAGGCUCUCACCACCGGCACCAUCCCGGGCUUCAUCGACGUGGUGAUGAACCUGAACUCUCCGGCGCUGCUGGAGGACAACCUGGUGUGGCAGGCCAAGGCGGCGGGGAAGAGGAUGGUGUUCUAUGGAGACGACACCUGGGUGCGUCUCUUCCCCAAGCACUUCAUGGAGCACGACGGCACCACCUCCUUCUUUGUGUCCGACUACACCGAGGUCGACAACAAUGUGACCCGGCACUUGGAUAGCACCCUGAAGAGGGACGACUGGGACAUUCUGAUCCUGCACUACCUGGGCCUGGACCACAUCGGUCACAUCAGCGGCCCCCACAGCUCCCUCAUCCAGCCCAAACUGCUGGAGAUGGAUGACGUCCUGAAGAAGAUUCACGGCGCCCUCGUCUCAAAGGAGGCGGAGGGAUCCCUGCCCUACCUGCUGGUGCUGUGUGGGGACCACGGCAUGUCGGAGACCGGCAGCCACGGCGGCUCCUCCGAGCCAGAGGUCAACACGCCGCUGGUGCUCAUAAGUCCGGCCUUCAAAAGAAAAGUGGGAAUGGAGAAGCCCGAGGUGGUGGAGCAGGUCGACCUGACUCCAACGCUGGCCCUGGGACUCGGCCUGCCCAUAUCCCAGAACAGCGUGGGGCGCCUCAUCCCGGGCGUCUUGGAGGAGACCUCUCUGCGCGACCAGCUGCGCUUCCUGCAUCUCAAUGGCCACCAGCUCAGCUGCCUCCUCAAAGACAGCACGCCCGACUACGAGAAAGAGGCCGGCUUUGAGCAGUUCCGCAUGGCAGAAAGGGCCCACGGGAGCUGGAUGAAGCUCUUCCUGGAGGGCAACACCUCGGAGGUGCUCACCAACAUGGGCAGAAAGGUCCUGAAGCAGUACCUGGAGGCCCUGGCCUCCAUGAGCUCGGCCCUGAGCAAGCAGCUGGGCAAGUACGACAUGUACUCCAUGGUCGCAGGCAUGGUCUUUGUGUUCCAGCUCCUGCUGGUCUUACUGCUGGCUAUGCCCGAGGCCCUGAGCGGCGAGGCGACCGUGGACCUUCCUGUCCUCUCGGCGCUGCUCUCGCUGCCCUUCUACCUGCUCUGCCUGCUGCUUGCCUCGGUGCACGUCCUGGUGUGCACCUCCGCCGAGAGCUCCUGUUACUUCUGCAGCCUCUCCUGGGGUCUCGUGUUCGCCGCCGUCGCCCUCUCCUCGGCGAUGUUUUGCAUUCUGAUCUCCAUGGCGAUGCGGCGACUCCCCCUUGGGCCGCUUAUUCACGGGAAGUCUCCUUCGAGGAGCAGCGAGUGGUCCCUGUCGGAGCUGGACGUGUUGCUGCUUGCCGGCACAGUGGGACACACCCUCAGCCUGGCGGCGAGCAGCUUCGUGGAGGAAGAGCACCAGAUCUGGUACUUCCUGCUCAACACCCUCUGCCUCGCCGUCUUCCAAGACGUGUGCCGCAAGUACUUCAGAGAGCAGAGCGCCUCUGGAGACGAGGAGGAGCCCGUCCUGCCUUCCAGAGACUGCCAUCCCUCUGCUCGCUCCAGGGCGGAGGUCCUCCCGGAGCGGUGGCUGGCGUUAGCCACGCCUCCUUUCACGCUGGUCUGCUGCCGACUGCUGCGCUCCCUCAACCAGACCGGGGUGCAGUGGGCUCAUCUCCCUGACGUGGGACAUUGGCUGAACAGCUCCGAACACAGGACGCUGCUCUCCCUGCUGGCCGCCUUCUGCCUCUUCCUCAUCUACUUCCUGGUUCAACGACGCUGCUCGUGGGUCUCCAAGGUCGCCCUCGCCCUCGGCCUCCUGGGUGUCUACAGCUACCGCGCAGCGGUCGGCAAUGUGGGGUUUCCAUGGCAACGCUCGGGUAGUGCUACGUCCAAGGGAACCGUGGAGGCGCGCUUUGUCUACGUCUUCAUCCUGGGCAUCCUCUUCACCGGCACCAAAGACCUGCUGCGGUCGCAGAUCGUCACAGCCGACGCCGAGCUGAAGAGCCGGGGCUUAUGGGAGAUUUACAGCGGCUUGGUGUUGUUGGUUUCGCUGCUGUUUCGCGCUCACAACCUGCCGGUCCUGUGCUGCUGCCUGUUGAUCCAGACCUUAAUGGCUCAGUUCAUCUGGAAGAGGCUCCACUACGACGCGGCCCAAACCACCAUCAUGCACUACUGGUUUGGUCAGGCCUUCUUUUACUUUCAGGGCAAUUCCAACAACAUCGCCACCGUGGACAUCUCCGUCGGCUUCGUGGGACUGGAGAGCUACGUGGAGGCUCCUGCCGUCUUCCUGACGGCGCUCAAUACCUACGCGGGGCCGCUGCUCUGGGCCUGUCACCUCGUCUGCUACCUCAGCUCGGAGAGAGGCCGCAGGAGCCCGGUUGCGGUCGGCCAUGGCUGCUACUGCUUGGCCCUGCUGCGCUCGGUGCCGGCUGCCGCCUACAUUGUGCUGGUGACGGCGCUGCGCUACCAUCUCUUCAUAUGGAGCGUCUUUUCUCCCAAACUGCUGUACGAGUCCAUGCACCUGCUGCUAACCGCGGGAGUCUGUCUCUUCUUCAUCACCAUGGAGCAGAGCCCCGGGUCCAGUAAGUCGUAAGGGGGAAGGGGAGGAGAAGGGGGGGCCACACAGACGCUGAGCCUCCCUGAGGGGGAGUCAAAGGGACUCCGUUGUGCCUCAGUACUGUGUGUGAGACUGAUGCACGGCCACAUGCUUUCCCUCGCUGCGUCGAAGGCUCGACGGAGGCUCCCCUCCUUCGCCUGCCGUAGGUUUGGUUUGCAGCAAAUACCGUGAGAAUGCACAGUCUAUUUAAAUAUGUAAUUCUUUCCAAGGAUUGAAUACACGACAGAAAACAAUGUUUAUCUACGUAUACAUACGGCACAAUGCCUUAGGGACCGCUGUGCAGAUGUCUACUUUUUGGGAGAACAUCAGGUGUCCACAAGGAGCCAUGUUUAAUAACAUCAACAUCUCAUCUAUAAAAUGAUGAAGUAAGACUAAAAUCGCACCGUCAAAAUCGCAGCAUCCAACACUGAAUGUCAGUGGCGUCUGCCAGAUCCUGAGUGUGUUCAAGGGGGUUAAAACGGGGGG